CUACUACCUACAUUCCUCCUUCAUUUCUCUGUAAUAAUCCCGCAUUGUCUAUCAUUCCUAUUUAUACCUCUUGUAUAUUCCCUUUACAUUUGACGACCCGAUAAUGGCCCGUGGAGCUCAAGAGUACCAGCCCGCCUCUGAGGCUGAGCACAUCGUAUUUUAUGUAAUCUGCGGAAUCAACCUGCUCAACGUCCCCCUAAUGCUCUACGCCCUGAUAUACCGGUCAUACCUCCCCAUACGGUGCAAACAGGUAGCGUUCAGUGCCGGGAUGGGCUUCGGAUGCAUGGUACUCAAUAUCGGCCUCUGUCUAUCGCUGGGGAUGCUUGGGUUCGACGGGCCUAUCCUCUCACAGUGCUUUGCCUGGGUAUCGUGGGUCACACUAACACUGGGUAUUGGCGUGUUUUUCUCCCUGAUAUGCAUGCGAAUGAUUAUUUUUUACCGCAUAUUUGUCUCACGCAAUCAGCGCACAUACAAAGAAUCGACUGUCAAGCGCAUUGUGUUCCUUUACUGGCCGCUGCUGAUACUCUGGCUCCCUGCAUUUGUGACUAGCAUUGUCGGCCAAACCAUAUCAAGCAAAAGCAUUGCGGCUUUGACCACGACCAGCGAUGGCAUAGCUGUGUGCAAGGUGGUACCCGCCUAUUUGCACUUCAUAUUUGCAUAUGCUAUGGCCCUGGUUGUCGUUGCCUGGGCGCUAUACUACCGGAUGCGCCACAUUCCCAAAGCGUUCAACGAGUUCAGGCUCUCGUUUUGGAUGCUCUCGAUAUUCACCAUGCUGCUGACCUUCAAUAUCACGAUGCUGGCGCUCAGCUAUAUGGCACUCGCCUGGACACGCAUUACCUUGGCAGUGUGCAAUACGCUAUUCUUUAACGCUUACAUGUGGCAGGUACUAGGCCCGCCCAUCUACGGACACAUCUUCCAUCGUCAGGAAACGCUAUGCAGAAUAAUUGACCUUAUUCACCAGGAGUCAUUGUCAGCACGGCAUAUGAACGCAGGCAGCGGGUACAAAGAGCUGUAUGGUUUCGAUGAUACAGACUCUAUUACCCAUGGAGACGAUAAGUCAACCCACCGCGGCAAUUCCGAGUCCAAGUAUAUCGGUUCAGUCAUGGAUAUUGCUUAUUAUCCGCACAUUGAGAGCAUGUCUGACUCUGAGUUCUCGAUCACAGCAGGCAACAAGGGGCCGAGACAAAUUAUAUAAAUAACGUCCUGUAGCAACAACAAAACUGUCUUACACAAUAUUACUGCGAGAG